AUGAGCAACCAAAAUUACAACCAAACAACCAAAUUAUUGUUUGUGCUCCAAAAUGAUAGCAGCCAAAGGAAGAGUGAAACUGAUACGGGGGAAUCACUUUUGAAUAUAUCUGCCAAAAUUCGUCCUCGACCCUCCGACUUUGGGAAAAGAAAAGGCGAUGCUAGCGAUAUUUGGGAGAGAAGGAUCGCUUUAACGCUAAGUUAUUCAAAAGUAACGUCGACAACUAACGGUGAUUUAAGUGUGGCUGUAUCACGGUUGAAAUUGCUCCUUUUCAUGUCUGAGAUACAUCAUGUCAUGGAGGAAAUGCUCGGCAAUGAAUGA